AAGGGCCACUUUCGUCAUUCAACACAAAAUAUAGCAGCCCCUUGUCCAAGUCUCAAACCUAACAAACCACCCUUCAUUCUCUCUAGUUUCUUUCUCCCAAAAACCCUACUCUCUUUCCUCCAUGGCAACACCAGAAACAUCACGAGAACCAUGUCCAGACCGCAUCCUAGACGAUCUCGGUGGUGCAUUCGGUAUGGGUGCAGUAGGCGGUUCCGCAUUCCACUUCAUUAAAGGGCUCUACAAUUCACCUAAAGGCGAGCGCUUAAUCGGUGGCACACAAGCUGUUCGUAUGAAUGCACCUAGGAUUGGUGGUAGUUUCGCUGUAUGGGGUGGUUUGUUCUCAGUAUUUGAUUGUAGUAUGGUUUAUGUUAGACAAAAAGAAGAUCCUUGGAACUCUAUUUUUGCAGGUGCUGCUACUGGUGGGUUUCUUCAGAUGAGACAAGGUGUAAGGGCUGCUUCAAGGUCUGCGGUUUUUGGUGGGGUUCUUCUUGCGCUUAUUGAAGGUGCUGGUAUUAUGUUGAAUAAAGCUAUGGUUGCUCCACAAGAAGCUCCUAUUUUUGUUGAUGAUCCUUUAGGGCUACCUGGUGGGCCCUCUGUUCAUGGUAAUCAGGUUCCACAAGAAGAAAACGCGUCGUCGUCCUCGUGGUUUGGAGGAGGGUGGUUUGGUCAAGGAAAGAAAGAGGAAGAGAAGAAGAGUGGUGGUGGAUCAUCAAAAGUGGAGAUUUUGGAGAGUUUUGAUUCACCUAUGCCUCCCACUUUUGAAUUUAAGUGAUUUGAUUCAAUCAAGUUACCUUGUUUUGGUUGAAUAUUAUAUUGUCUUGAUGGAAACAAUUUAAAGCACUGAUCUUUGUUGUAGAUUAAAUGUGUUUCGCUUUGUAGGAGUAGGAAUUAGUUUCACAAUGUGAUUUUCUUGAUUUUUGUUACUGAGAUUGAUAUGUUCUGUUACUUUUGAAUGCAAGUGAAAUUACAGAUGAUGUGAUUCAAUCAA